CUCGGGUCGACCCAACCCGGUUGUCCUUAUGGACGGGUCGGGCAAUCCCAUUUUCACAAUCCGUCGUCGCCAGAGGGGGCUGAGGCUAAUGAACAAUUACUACUGGCUUAUCUAUGAAGGAGAAGUUACUAAAUACUGUAAAAACAAUAAUAAUUAUUCACGCAUCGUCAGAUCACACGAAAAACGCAAUGUGCUUGCACAUGUUUAUAGUGAUAAUAGGCAACAUAAAUACGUGGUCGAAGGGUCGUACACGACUCGAUCGUGCAAGAUUUUCGACGAGUCGAGAAAUGUUGUCGGAGAGAUAAAGAGGAAAGAUGCCACGGGAGAAGGUGUUUCGUAUGGUUUAGAGGUUUUUAAUUUGUUAGUUAAGCCGGGAUUUGAAUCCGGAUUCGCCAUGGCUAUUGUGUUAGUACUUGAUCAGAUGUUUUCUUGAUACAUUUCUCAAUCAGAUUCAUGAUGUUUUGCUUUUGAAAAUCGAAAUGAAAUUCCGAUUU